ACUACCACCUCCACUACCACCCCCACCCCACCACCACCUCCACUACCACCUCCACUACCACUACCACUACCACCUCCACCUCCACUACCACCUCCACUACUACCACCUCCACUAGCACCUCCACUACUACCACCUCCACUACUACCACGAUCACUACCACUACCACUUCCACCUCCACCACCUCCACUACUACCACCUCCACUACUACCACCUCCACUACUACCACCUCCACCACCUCCACUACCAUUACCUCCUCCAACUCCACUACCACCUCCACCACUACCACCUCCACUACCACCUCCACUACUACCCACUCCUCUACUAGCACCUACACUACUACCUUCUCCACUACCACCACCUCCACUACUACCACCUCCACUACCACCUCCACCACCACUACCUCCUCCACCUCCACCACCUCAACCACCUCCACCACCUUCACUACUACCACCUCCACUACCACCUCCACUACUACCACCUCCACCACCUUCACUACUACCACCUCCACUACCACCUCCACUACCACUACCACCUCCACUACCAACUCCACUACUACCACCUCCACUACUACCACCUCCACUACCACCUCCACUACUACCACCUCCACUACCACCACCACUACCACCUGCACCACCUCCACCACCACCUCCACUACCACUACCACCUCCACUACCACCUCCACUACUACCACCUCCACUACUACCACCACCACUACUACCACCUCCACUACCACCUUCACCUCCACUACCACUGCCAAAUCCACCUCCACUACCACUACCACCACCACCUUCACUACCACCUCCACUACUACCACCUCCACUACUACCACCACUACCACCUCCACUACUACCAACUCCACUACCACCUCCACUACUACCAACUCCACUACCACCUCCACUCCUACCAUCUCCACUACCACCUCCACCACCUCCACCACUACCACCUCCACUACCACCUCCACUACUACCACCUCCACCACCUCCCCCACCACCACCUCCACUACCACCUCCACUACCACUACCACUACCACCUCCACCUCCACUACCACCUCCACUACUACCACCUCCACUAGCACCUCCACUACUACCACCUCCACUACUACCACUAUCACUACCACUACCACUUCCACCUCCACCACCUCCACUACUACCACCUCCACUACUACCACCUCCACUACUACCACCUCCACCACCUCCACUACCAUUACCUCCUCCAACUCCACUACCACCUCCACCACUACCACCUCCACUACCACCUCCACUACUACCCACUCCUCUACUAGCACCUACACUACUACCUUCUCCACUACCACCACCUCCACUACUACCACCUCCACUACCACCUCCACCACCACUACCUCCUCCACCACCACUACCACCUCCACUACUACCACCUCCACCACCUCCACUACCACUACCACCUCCACUACUACCACCUCCACUACCACCACCUCCACCACUACCACCUCCAUCACCUCCACUACCACCACCACUACCACCUCCACUACCACUACCACCACCUCCACUACUACCACCUCCACUACUACCACCUCCACUACUACCACCUCCACCACUAAUACCACUUCCACCACCACUACCACUACUACCACCUCCAAUACCACCUCCACUACUACCACCUCCAUUACCACCUCCACCAAUACCACCUCCACUACUACCAUCUCCACUACCACCUCCACUACCAGCUCCACUACUACAACCUCCACUACCACCUCCACUACUACCACCUCCACCUCCACUACCACCUCCACCACCACCUCCACUACUACCACCUCCACUACCACUACUACCACCUCCACCUCCACUACCACCACCUCCACUACCACUACCACCUCCACCUCCACUACCAUCUCCACUACUACCACCUCCACUACCACCUCCACUACUACCACCUCCACUACCACUAAAACCCUCAGAGCUGCUGCCUCGUCAAUACACCCAGAGCCCUGAGCUGCUGCCUCAUCAAUACACCCAGAGAGCCAUGAGCUGUUGCCUCAUCAAUACACCCACAGAGCCAUGA